AUGGCGAGGAGGCUUCGCGCCGCCAUGGCCUUGCUGCUCUUCCAGGCCCUGCCCGAGGGGCUGCCGGCCAGCGUGGAGCCUGCUCAGGACAAGGAAACCUGCAUGGGUGUCAACAAUCAAAGUUACAUAUGUGAAACGGGCCACUGUUGUGGACAAUCCCAGUGUUGCAACUACUACUAUGAACUCUGGUGGUUUUGGCUAGUGUGGACCAUCAUCAUCAUCCUCAGCUGCUGUUGUGUUUGCCAUCACCGACGCACUAAGCAUCGUCUCCAGGCCCAGCAGCGGCAACAUGAGAUCAACCUGAUAGCUUACCGGGAAGCCCAUAACUAUUCAGCCCUGCCGUUUUAUUUCCGGUUUUUGCCAAAUUAUUUGCUACCUCCCUAUGAGGAAGUGGUGAACCGACCGCCGACCCCCCCACCACCAUAUAGUGCCUUACAUCAGCAGUGUGUCCCAGCAGGCAGCAGUAGCACAAUCCCGGACACGCCAAGAAACCUGCAGCCAGCACAGAGCAGCUCAGCAGCACCCAGCAGCAAUAACAGCAGUACUGACAACACUGGGUCCCCCAGCCUCGGGGACCCUGAGCCCUCCACCACCACGCUGGUCGAACGAGCCGUUGCCAAAAUGCAAAGUGUGGAGCCUGGUGGUACCAGCACAGGAGCCGAGCUAGUGGAGCGGGCCAGUCCCAAUAAGGAUAUGGAGUGCAAGGAGGAACUGCUAAAAGGCUACAGCUCUGAUUGCUUAGAGCAGAGCAGCGCCAUUCCCGAUGCAAAGGACAAGACGCCCGGCAGGCAGCGCCGUUUCACCGGUGACUCGGGCAUCGAAGUCUGCGUAUGCAACCGGGGCCAUCACGACGACGACCUCAAGGAGUUCGAUGGGCUCAUUGAUGAUGCUCUGGACGGGCCCCUGGACUUCUGCGACAGCUGCAGUGGCCGCCCCCACGGGGACGAGGAGGAAGGGCUUUUUAAUGCCGCAGAAGAGCAGCACCGUGAACACAGCCACCACCACCUGCCCCGGCAGCCGGUGUGUGUACUCUUGAACACAAUAAAUGAGCAGGACUCUCCAAACUCUCGUACCAAUAACUCCCCCAGCUAAGGUGGCAGAGUGGAAGGGAGAAUUGGGGGAAAAAACAAAGAAAUAAAAGUGGAAUAAGAGGAUUAAAACUUUAACAGGAGGAAAAGGUGAUACAACCUUCGUUUUUUUAGUUUGUUUUUCUUUCUCCCCCUCCAAUAUAAUUCGGGGACUAUGAAGGCCCGGCUUGUGGGGGACGGGUCGCUCUGGGUUUUGUUAAUCAUGUCCAUCCUGCUCUGCGGGGCAGGGACUGAUGUUUCUCAAUGAGACCUUCUAACAAAUGGAACUUUCCCAAUGGUGAUUUUGGUGAUGGUUAUUAUGAGUUUGUUGGUUUUAGUUUUCCAAAACACUGCUUUAUCUCGCAAUCAGUAAAGCUCAGCAAAUCUCACCCUGGGAGGAUAC